UCAUUGACUCUGAUAUGAUAUGAUGUAGAAGCCCUUGGGUUAUACACAAGGAAAAAGCUGUAGUGGGGGCACAGGGAAGACAGUUCAGUCUUCCUUGGAUAAGCAUUUCCCGUUGUACAAUCACCAUUGACAUCAGUUACCAGAAUCUGCGUCCUUCACACGGUUUAGUAUUCGACAGUGAGCUGAACACGAUUUGAAGUAAUAAUUUCAAAGAUGUGACAUCCAUAGCUGAUGUGUGGAAAAUGAAGGGAGGUGCAAAAAAGGAGUCUGAUAAUGCUUCUUGUUAGCAACGGAAAGCCACUGUGUAUGUGUGUGUGUGUGUGUGUGUGUGUGUUAAAUAGCAUUACCAAAGUUUACGAUUUAAUACUGUGUGAAAGGCUUCGGGCCUGGUUUAUUCCUUAUAGAGAACAAGCAGGAGGUCAGGAAGGACGAGGAUGCACUGAACAUAUUGUAACUUUGCGACUGUUAACUGAUUUUGCAAAAAAAAAAAAAAAAAAAAAACACCCUAUUUGUCACAUUUGUCGAUUUUUCCCAGGCUUACGAUCUUGUAGCUAGACGAAUUUUGUUUAAGAUUUUACAGAGACUUGGUUGUGGCGGAGUUAUGUUGGCUGCACUGAUUGCUAUGUACCGUGUCACCGACAGCAUUCUUGGCACAGUAGUAAUAUCGGCCACAAUUGGUGUACGCCAAGGGUCCCCCACUUCAUGCCUCCUCUUUAUAUUAUAUGUUAAUGACUUAAUUAAACUUGUCAAAGAAAGUUGUGCACCAGAAGGUUUCCUCCCCUGGCUCCAUCUACUGGUAUUAAUGGACGACACAGUCCUGUUAGCCACCUCUAGAGCAAGCAUGUUAAGAAAACUAGAAACUUUAAAGCAAUUUUGUGAUAAUUACGGGAUGAAAAUUAAUGUUUCAAAGACUAAGUUUUUUGUAAUUUGUGGAACUACGAGAGAUGAAGAACCAUUGAAGCAAUGAGGUGGAGGAAUUUUACCCGUGUUAGAAGCAGCGCCUCUCAAAAUCACGACCUAGACGCAAUGAAAGCAAAGAGGUUGGCGACACUGGUGGUGGUCGUGACAGUGGUGAGCGGUGUGGUUUAUUUUCUCAUGGGCAUUAGUUACAACUACACCCAGCUGCCCCUCCCCCCUCCGCUUCCAAAAAUUGCACAACAGCUCCUCGCGACACAGAUACCGGCCACGACCAGGCUGCCACCGCCACCAUCCACUGUACAGCACCUCCAAGUCCCAUCCAGCUCUCACGGACCUUCCCCCACCAACUCUUCUCCACUCGUAACCCAAACCCCUAAACUCUCCUCAUUGUCACCCACUCCUUCCCCUUUCGUCUUUCACAAAACCAGCACAGAAUUAUUGCCUGGUGACUCUAACUUGCCUUAUCCAAGUCUCUCCCUAGAGAACAUUACGAAUCCUCCAUCUAGAGUGUUCAAAGAGCCUAAGCGUGAGCCCAACGACGAUGACGUCCACUUGAAGAAAAUACUGUUCUGGAAUGAUGAUUAUUACAACAAGCACUUUGGGUUUGGCUUCGGCCGCGAGCCUUUCCUGGUGGCGGGGUGCCGCGUCAACACAUGCACUACUACGGGGGACAGGACGCGCUACCCCAUCGAGGAGAUUGAUGCGGUGAUUUGGCACUUCAGGUCCAGCGACAGAUCUUUACCAGAAUACAGAUCUCCUCACACCCGCUACGUGUUGUGGCUGAUGGAGUCACCCGCGUACCUUUUUGGAGAUCUUCAGGAAUACAACAAUGUCUUCAACUGGACCUUCACCUACAGACUGGACUCAGAUUUCCUUUUACGAUACAACCAAGUGUUUCGCCGCCGGGAUCCGCUGCCUCCUACAGACCACAAUUACGCUGCUGGGAAAACUAAGCUCGCAGCCUGGUUUGUCUCCCACUGCACAACGGACUCUGGCAGGAUCACACUCACCAGGACGCUGCAGCAGUGGAUUCCCGUAGACGUGUUUGGAGCCUGCGGACCGUUUGAGUGCCCUAGAAAACACACAAAAGAAUGUUAUGGAAUGCUUAAUGCCUCCUAUAAAUUUUAUCUCUCUUUUGAGAACUCAUUGUGCCGAGACUACAUCACCGAGAAGUUUUUCAACAUCCUAAGGCUGGACGUGGUGCCCGUGGUGUUUGGUCUGGGGAACUACUCUGCUAUGGCGCCACCUCACUCCUACAUAGACGCACUCAGCUUUCCAUCAGUGAGUGCACUGGCCACGUACCUGCUCUACCUUCACCACAACGACACUGCUUACAAUGAGUACUUCAGAUGGAAGAGGUUUCACAAGCUGUUCAAUUUCUGGGCGCUGAGUUCGCAAGAGUACUGUUCCCUGUGUGAGCGCCUGCACACCGACAAUACCACCAAGACCUACGACAUUCACAAAUGGUAUGUUGAAGACGCACACUGCAAGACCAAAAAUAGCCCAGAUGUAUAUGACUUUAUUAAUGCUGCUCCACAAAUCAGCAACAUGGGUACCGCGAGGAGUCUUCUCAUAUGUGUUUUGAUUAUGGUGCCCCUUGCGUGGUUCUCUUAAUAAGGCUGUGUAUCAGUACCUUGGUGUGGUAUCCAUGUAAUUAGUCUUGCUGUGCUCAGACCAGACUGAAGGUAUAUGCGAAUUGUAUUUUGUCCAUUUGUAAAUUUAUUUUUCUUCAUGGAUUAACACAUACACACACACACACACAAACACACGUUUGGUAUUCAAAAAAAAAAUAAAUAAA